UGGCUGAAAGGUGGAGCAAAUACUUCCACGCGGUACAAAUUGGAGGCCUGGUACUGGCGAUUACGCAAUUUGCCUGGUCACGAUCGAAGUCGAACUCUCUUCAAAUAUAUUGUCAUUGCAUCAGAAGUUUCCUCACUUGCUCUCGGUAGUUUUCCUCAAAAAAUCAUGUCUUUCGCCAUGGGAUUGUCGCGUUUUUCUGCGAGAAACACUCUCAAGACUAUAUUCAAUCCGAAUGUACGGCGAUCGCUCUCGACGGUAUGUGCAUAAUACGAAAAAUUGACAUCACAUUUUGUACGUUUAAAUUUCGCAUGAUCUGAAUAAACGCACGUGUUUUGUGGAUGGUUUGCAUGGUAUUUAAACUUGUUGUAAAACUUUGCUGUUUUAGGUAAAUAAAAGCAAUUAUGGCCAAGCAUUACGAGGUUUUAGUGUGCCAUUCAGAUCUUAUGCGUAAGUAUAGAAUUAUAAAGAACAUUUUGAAUAAAAUUUUAAUAAUGUGGUUGGUAUAUUGCAUGGACAUGGUAUAUACAGAAGUAUGAUGUAAUCAGCCAUUAUACUACGUGCAGAUCACCAGUCAAAGCAUGUCAUCUGUCUGACAGAUGAUCUGUUUUAACCUUAGUCAAACAAGAAUGAGGGUUGACGAGAGUUGCAAUUCUCGCUUGUGUUUGACUGCCAACUCUCUUCAACUUUGAACUGGUUCAAAUUUUAAAUGAGUGUUGAUGAGAGUUUUCACUAUGUGCACAGUAAGAUUAAAUUAACCCUCAUCAAUUCUAGGGGUGCAUCGGAACCAGUUUUUUAAGUUCCGGCCGGAACCGGAUCCGACCGGAACUGGAAAAAGUUCCGGCCGGAACCGGAACUAAUUUAUUAAGCUAUAUAUAGUUAUAUGUUACUUUGUCUGCUGCCAGACAGGCAGACACUUCAAGUCAUCAAGGAGAGAGCUCGCAAAUGUUAGAAUAAAAAGAUUGACAAGCGUUAAACGUCAUAAUGAAGUGUUAGUAGUGUACAUUUCCCUUGCGUAGUCCAAAUUUCUUCCUACUGUGACCUUUUGUUAGACACAAAAACGUUUGAUAUUCUAUCUCUCUGAAAACAACAGAGUUCCGGUUCCGGCCAUGCUUUUUUUACUAGUUCCGGCCGGAACCGGAACUCUAAAAAAUCUGGGUUCCGGCCAGAACUAACCAGCCGGAACCGAGUUCCGGUGCACCCCUAAUCAACCCUCAUGCAACUCUUGUUCUUGUUUGACUCGGGGCAUGAGAGUUGAGACAACUCUCAUAUGCAAACAAUUACAAUUAACAUUUGUAUAGCGCAAACUCACAUGUGGAUAUGGUCAAAUGCGAUUUACACCAAGUGUUAUGCUUACCUAAUUACUUACUUAGCCUAGACUAUUUUAUCUUUACAACAAUUGUGAUAUUACGUUCUUAACUGUGUUUAUUCUAACUCACCCUAUCAACCUUACCUUUGGGAGGAAACUGGAGCACCCGGAGAAAACCCAAGACUUUUGGUAGAGUAUUGACUGUCUGACUCUUUUCACAUGAGUCUGGUGUCAGACAGAGUAAAAUAAUAAAGUAGGGCACAUUGCAGCUUAAUUAUGGCUUAACCAGACACAUUAGCAAAUUGUUGGUUGACCCCAUUAGUGCACAAGACUCUCCCUUUGAUGGAUAAAAUUGGCUGGAGUUAGACAGAGUAAAAAUAUAAUAAAGUAGGGCGCAGCUGCAGUGUAGAUGCAUUGCAACUUUAUGGGUUUACUCAAUUGAUGUAUUCUGUGUUUAUCUUCCCCUACUGUAUACACAACCUCUUAUCAAGCACUGCAGUACUUACAGUAUAAAAUGCAUUUAUUCUCAGUUCUGAAGUACGAGGGGCAGUUUGUGGCAUUGAUCUUGGUACAACCAACUCCUGUGUGGCGGUGAUGGAAGGUAAAACACCCAAGGUGAUUGAGAAUGCAGAGGGUGCAAGGACAACGCCAUCUGUUGUUGCUUUUGCAACUGAUGGUGAAAGGCUGGUUGGAGCACCGGCAAAACGACAGGUGAAGAAUUGAAUUUAAUCCAUAUUUAUAAUCAAUUAAUUGAGUGUAAUUUUAUAUAAUUACUGUACAAGAUGUAGUGUUAUGUAGCAAAUAAUGUUAUGCGUAGACCUGGACAUAUGUAUUCUUUGUAUAAUUAUACUGACAGACUAAUCCUUAUGUUGGUACAAAAUAUAAAUUCCUUUUGAUUUUAGGCGGUGACAAAUCCGCAAAAUACUAUUUAUGCGUCAAAGAGGUACAUUGGACGUCGAUUUAAUGACCCAGAAGUUCAAAAAGACCUGUAAGUGUGCAUGUGUAUAUAAUAUUAAAAGUUUCUUGUGCAUUAGGUUUAUGUGGCAAUAAAUCAGUACUAUUUAAUUUUUGUCAUAAUGCCAUUAAUUGCUACAUGUGCCAUGCCUUGCUGACUUUUUGUGUUGAAGUAAAUUUAAUAGCUCAUAAUAAUCUCUCGUUUUAGCAAAAAUUUGUCAUUUAAAAUUGUGAAAGCUUCAAAUGGUGAUGCUUGGUUUGAUGUACAAGGCAAAAUGUAUUCUCCAAGUCAGAUUGGAGCUUUUGUGUUGAUAAAAAUGAAAGAAACCGCUGAAAGCUAUCUGAAUACCACUGUGCAAAAUGCUGUUGUUACUGUACCUGCUUAUUUUAAUGACUCGCAAAGACAGGUAUCUGAGUAUAUUCUCUUUUGUUAAAACAUCUUGUUGAUACAGUAGACUGUUGUUUCUUGUACUUUUUUUGUGUACACUGCCUUAAAGGCCUGGCAGUUCAGCCUUUUGAACAAUGGUUUUUAAGGCGCAUUUCAGCUCUUUUAAUUGAAAAAACUAACUAGGAAAAUCAAUUAAGCAUUAGCGUGAGGCGGUUUCUACAAAAAACCGAAUACCGAAAACCGACUGGAAAAAAACGAGAAAACCGAGUGAACCGGUUUUUUUAAAAACUACGUUCGAAAAUCAAAACUACUGUAAAAAAAGACACAACACGCUACUGAGUACUCACGCAAGAUAUUAAACGUAAGGUAUUUUGAAGACGUUAUCAAAUUUCAAACAAACUCUCUUUAGUUUUUCGUGUGUAAAUGCCAAAACAUGAUUCAAUUGCAUCAAACUCGUAUAAGUAUGGUUUGAUUUCAGUAAAAUACCGAUUUUCUUCGUUUUUCCCCGGUUUUUCGGUUUUCCGGUUUUUCUCCAAAAGUAACAUCGAAUAUUUCGGUUUUCAAAAAACAUCGGUUUUUUUCCGGUUUACCGAAAAACCGCCUCACCCUAUUAAGCAUAAUUCAAGAUCAGCAAACUCAAUGUUUUUAACAUUUUAAAACAUUUUUAUUGUUAAAAACAUUGAGUUUACUGAUUUUGAAUUAUACUUAAUUGAUUUUCCUAGUUAGUUUUUCAAUCAAAAGGGCUGAAAUGCGCCUUGAAAACCAUCGUUCAAAAGGCUGAACUGUGCCUUUAAAGUUUAUAUGUGGUAAUGGGUAUUGAUUUUUUAGGCAACAAAAGAUGCAGGCCAGAUUGCUGGUUUGAAUGUUCUUCGUGUGAUCAAUGAACCAACAGCAGCCGCGCUUGCAUAUGGAAUGGACAGAGCGGAGGAUAAAAUGUAAGUUUGUUUUCACUACGUAAUGGUAAAAUAAUUUGCACUUCUAGACAAUUUGGACGUAUUUAAUAUAUUAUUUGGUUAAUAUAACUGGUAAAUAAUAAAAGAAUAUAAAAAAAUAUCAUAUUACUUAUGAGUUACGAGUCCAAAUCCACUUUCUAUGCGCUGAACAUAUAGAAAGGAAAGAAUUGCCCUCAACUUUUCUAGCGAUGAUUGUAACUAUUUACAGUAGACCAUAAAGGCAGACUUAUUCUAGUAAUAAACAGUGAAAUUGAUGAUGUUUAACUUUAAUUAAUAUUGCAUUAAAAAUGAAUUACAAUGUGUUUACAGCGAUAGAACUUAUUAACAUAUAUGAUAAGAGAACUACAAUUCUAAAUCUAAAACUACAAUAAAAUCUGAUAUGAUGGGAAUAUUAGUUAAUUAACAUUCCUUGCAUUAGCUGUGGAAAAAACUAUAAAGGAUAAAAUGCACAUUGGAAGAACCCUCCGGAAUGCUAUAUGUUUAUCUCUGUACAUUAUAAUGGGCACAUCACAAUAGUGCAAAGUGAAAUUUACACAAAAAAUAAAUUAAUGUUUGUUGGGAUUGGUUUUAUUACUCUUCUCAGUUUGGCUGUUUACGAUCUUGGAGGAGGCACAUUUGAUGUGUCAAUCUUGGAGAUCCAGAAAGGAGUGUUUGAAGUGAAAGCAACGAAUGGUGAUACGUAUUUAGGUGGUGAAGACUUUGACAAUGCUUUGCUUCAAUAUUUGGUGAAAGAGUUCAAGAGAGAGGUGUGGAUUGUUUCUUCGUUUUAUUUGUCAUGGCCAAGUUUUUUUAACAUCGGAUACUGUACAGUAUGGAGUACUGUACAAUAAUUUAAAAUCAGAAAUUAUUCGUCUUACCAGAUGUAUAAAUAUGAAUGUUUGUAGAAACAUUGAGAUUUUUUGGCAUCCCGCUUGAUAGAAGUAACAGUUGAAGGGUGUUGUAAAAAGAAAUUUCAAGCAGAAGGUUGUAUACAAUUUUAGACCUAACCAACUUUCGUAGCCGCUCCUGGUUAGGUCCAAAAUUGUAUAGUAAUCUUCUGCUCAAAAUUCCCAUCUUCAAAAUCCUUCAACUAUGAAUGUUUGUAGUCUGGAGUUGACCUAACCCAAGAUAAUAUGGCAAUUCAAAGAUUGCGAGAAGCUGCAGAGAAGGCCAAAAUUGAGCUGUCGUCGUCUAUUCAGGUAUCUAUUAUUACAUUGCAAAUACUAUUUUCACUUAGUAACAAUAGUGUGCAUCAGGAUAAUCAAGUUUGAUGGUCCCAUUUUUGCUAAGGAUGGACGAAUAUACAUUUCAAUUUAUAAACAUGUAGUGUCUAUAUCUUCAGACCGAUAUCAAUCUACCUUAUAUAACCGUUGGAGCAUCCGGACCUCAGCAUAUGAACAUGAAACUUACCCGAUCAAAAUUCGAGUCUCUUGUGAAUGACUUAGUACAAAGAACAAUUGAACCGUGCAAAAAAUGCAUGAAAGAUGCUGACUGUAGCAUGUCUGAUAUUGGUGAAGUCUUGCUGGUUGGUGGCAUGACCAGAAUGCCCAAGGUAAGGUAUAUUUGUUUUAAAAUUACAUAGAAUAAAUCUUGCUGAAUUGUGUUUUCCUCUUUAGUCUUCUACUAUAAUAUCUCUAUUUAUAUAUUUUACCGCUUUAAUAGCAACUCGGCGUUUCCUCACAAAAAAGUGGAAUACAUUCUCCAAAUUAUUGUAGAGGACUAGCUUACCACCAUUAACGAUUAGGCAUUACGAAAUUAUCUUUUUAAAUACAGCACUGUAAUUUUUCCUUGUCUAAUUAUUAUAGGUCCAAAAACUCGUCCAAGAGAUAUUCGGUCGUGCCCCGAGCAAAUCCGUGAACCCAGACGAAGCAGUGGCUUUAGGAGCAGCAAUUCAAGGCGGAGUUCUUGCCGGUGAUGUAAAGGACGUACUUUUAUUAGAUGUUACACCACUCUCUCUUGGAAUUGAAACACUUGGCGGUGUGUUUACAAAACUCAUCGAACGAAACACGACUAUUCCUACAAAAAAAAGUCAGGUAUUUUAUUCGGCUUUAUAAUGAUUAUACAACUUAUACACAGAAAAUUUGCUCCUUUUACCGUAUGUUGACAGUGGUAGGUUUUUCGCACUGGUUAGGUAUUCUCGACUGCUGCUGAUGGACAAACUCAGGUGGAAAUCAAAGUGUGCCAAGGUGAACGAGAAAUGGCUGUUGAUAAUAAGACAUUGGGACAGUUUUCGCUGGUAAGCAUAAUAUUUGACAGUUGUUUAUUACGGUGAGAUGGCUAAUCUAAUAUUCUUCCUAAUAAAUUAUUUUCUGUGCCUGUUAGCAUUAUGCAAUACCCCAAAAUUCUCUGCCAACUAAGCCAGGUAUGAAAAUUUUCUGUGAUCCUAGAUGCCAGGAUCCACCAAUUCCAGAUAUGAUGGAGCCUGGUAAUGGGUUAGCUUGCGUAUAGCAGCCGGGUUUUUGGUUGGAGGAAUGGGUUCACAUUAUCAGUUCAAGCUAUUGUCUCAUGUGCACUGAAGCAAAUUCGUGAAACAUCUAUUGAACUUGUUUUCUUCGUAGGUCGGUAUUCCACCUGCACCACGUGGUAUACCACAGAUUGACGUCGCAUUUGAUAUCGAUGCCAACGGAAUCGUGAACGUCUCUGCUCGCGACAAGGGAACUGGAAAGGAACAACAAAGUAAGUACUUAUAUGCAUUGUAUUAAUUUACGUCAUAAUUCAUGCUAUACCCUACCAACAGUACACAAGGCUCAUUACAAAACACUGAAAUAUCUUAAUAAUGGUUGAACUUACCUUCUAUUAGAAACUAACUUAGCUACUUCAUAACUUAUUAACCAACUAAAUCACUAAUCUUAAACUUAGUUUUACUAACAACCUUGAAUACCUCCUUGUGCAAGUCAGUUUUAAUAAUUAUAUUAGUAAAAAUUAUAUAACAUGGUCUGUUAUACCUUUACUGUAACUACAGUAUUAAAAACUGGAUCAGACUAUUAUAGUAUGACUGUGUUCAAAAUUUACAGUUGUGAUUCAAUCUUCUGGCGGUCUGAGCAAGGAUGAAAUUGAAAAUAUGAUUAAACAAGCGGAAAUGUACGCAGAAAGUGACAAAGAACGAAAGGUAAAUGUUAAAAGAGGAAGAAAGUAUACAGUAGGACGAACGGGUAAAAUAUUUGGUUUAAUAUGCCGUAUUUUUAUCAAUUUUGGGGAUAUCCGAGUCAAAACAGCUACAUUAAAUCAGCUACCUUGGAUUAUAAUAAGUGAUUAUUCUCACACUGAGGACAAGCAAGACUGUAUUCAUUGUGAUAGUUUUAUUAGCAACAUCCAAUCCGGGUACAAGAUUCAUACCGGUAUGCAAUACAGAGUCCAUUUGUCAGGUUCGCUUACUGGAAGUGCACUUUCUUUCAAUAGGAAAAAACCGAAGCCGUUAACCAUGCUGAAAGUAUCUUACAUGAUACAGAAACAAAGAUUGAAGAGUUCAAAGAUCAAUUACCACAAGAAGAGGUAAAUUUGUGCAAAUUAUGUUAUAAUAUUUGAGGCAUGGCUGCAGAAGUUAUAAGGAGCCAUGCUGCAACGUUAUGUACUUCUGUACAGUAGUGUAAGGGGCUAAUGUUUAAAAUUUAGUUCAAUUGAGAAUUCUAGAGUUACUGCGAAUACUGUACACGUACAGUAGUAACUGGCUGGCCCGGCAUAGACUUGAAGAUUGGCUAUAAAUCUUCACAAAAAUAACAAAAGUGGGUCAUGUGCUGGACUUUCCGUCUCUAAUUAGAUCGUUAUAACGCCUGGCGUUUGUGGCAUUUAUUUCCAGGUUUCCAGUCUGAAAGAAGAAAUCACGAAGGUCCGUGAAGUGUUGGCAAACACAGAAAAUUCUUCAGCUGAAGAGAUCAAAGAGCAAUGCAGUGAAUUACAACAGAAAUCACUUAAACUUUUCGAAAUGGCCUACAAAAAGGUAAGACUUGUGUUCCGAGCGAACUCCAAUUUCCAAGAUAAAGAUACCACAAUGAUGAAUUUGCACACAGUAGUACCAGUUCUUGACAUAUUAAUUUUCCUUCUUUCAAGAUGGCGUCCGAAAGAGAUGAUGGUGCCCAACAAACUGAAGAACCAGAGCAAGAAAAGAAACAAGGUGAAAACUAGAAGAUAAAAGAACUACUAGAGUCCGUGGAAGCAAUCAGAAAAUGACGAACCAAGCCUCUUUCAAUGAUAAACGUUGAUAAUUUAUUGACUCGGAGUGUCAGCCAAAGCUUAAAAUGUUCGCUUAUUUAUCACAUAUUAAAAGCGCGUGGAAAUAUUGCAUGUUAAGCUAGGUUUUACAUUUUUAGGUAGAAAAAUUGCUGAUGCAGUACAUGGUGGUUAACAUUACCCUAUAUGGUGGUAAAAUUAUUUUCGCUCUUAUAAGUAUCAAUAUACGUUUGAAAUUACCAUGUGUUGCACCACAAUAUAAACCACUUACAACAAAAACGUUGGAAUGUUAAUGCCUGUCACAGACCUAGUAGGACAACAAUUAGAACAUAAAUACUGCCAAUUUUAAAUUGUAUAUGCAUAUAUGUUUUAACUGACCUCGAUCUAGAUUUGAAUUUCUUAAAUGUUUACACGAUAUUCGAUAACGAGGGCAGUAUAGUGUAUCCAAUGAAUGUGUCUUUACGAAUUUAAACAGAAGAUAUUUGGAAAAGAGAAUUCUUCCUUAUUACCAAAUUAUAAACUUAAUGUAUUUCCCCAUUUUUUUUCUUUGGUUCACACACUGAUAAAGGUGUACUACAGGUAGUUCUUCGCUACGUAAAUGUCUGUUUAGGCUAAAGAUACAAUUGGCGCUUAAAAAUGCUUGACUGCAUGCUGCGCCUUGAUACAGUACAUGUAUUUAAAAAUCCAGUCGUUGUUUGGAAUAAGUUGUCUGCUUGAAUGCAGUGUAAAUUUAUUUUAUUAAAUUUAACAAUAGUUUGGAUGUUCGUGUAACUAUGUUAGUUUUUCAAACGCAUAAUAACAGUUCAUAUACGAAGCAGUAAUAGAUGGUUUUCACCAUAAAUAUAGUUUUCACCUCACGUAUAUUCGUCGUCAUGCUGGACGAAAUUGAUUGAGAAUCUUCAUAGCCUUCCUAUAUCUUGAUAAUAAACGUCCAUCAAUUAAGUCCAACUUUGAUUUUACCUUGAAGUGCGAGUUAGUUAUAGAUAGAAAAAAAGAAGUAUAUAUGAUACACUCAAAGCGUUACUAAAACUAUUUAAAUUCGCCUCAUUAUACAUUUUUUCCAACCAUAUUCUACAUGCAGUUACUUUUACCAUAGACAAUCCAGAAGUCUUCUGGAUUGUCUAUGCUUUUACACACUUUGACAACAAGAUACAUGCUUACUGGAUAAUGCAGCUUGUUUUAAAAACGUAUGAACUUAGACGAGUAAAUAGAUAAAACAUGUAUGAACAAAGUACUGUAAAUACAUAAAAUUCACCAUCCGCCUUUCUGCGAAGAUCAUACUUAUGACUCAACGUCAAUAUCAAUGAGACCGACACGUCCAAUUAGUUGGUACAAUACAAAUUCCUUGUAUCGAGUUAUUCCAUAUCACUUAGGCCAUAGUAGAGGAGCAGUGGUUUACUGUGGUCCU